GGAACGAGAGCUUAAGGCCGCUGCUGACAGUGUCUUGUCUGAAGUACGGAAGAAACAAGCAGACACCAAGAGGAUGGUGGAUGUCCUGCGUGGGCUGGAAAAGCUUCGGAAACUGAGAAAAGAGGCUGCUGCCAGAAAAGGUGUUUGUCCACCCCCCUCAGCAGAUGAAGCAUUUGAAACUCAGGUGGAGAGUCUGAAAACGUUGCUCAAAACUCGCACAGAGCUGUAUGAGGCUGAGGAGAGAGCAUUAAGGGUUAUGCUAGAAGGAGAACAGGAGGAGGAAAGAAAGAGGGAAAUGGAAAAGAAACAGAAGAAGGAAAGGGAAAAACUACUACAGCAGAAACUGGAAAUGGAUUCCAAGCUGUUUGGGGAUCCAGCUGAAUUCCCACUCGCCCAUCUGUUGCAGCCCUUCAGAGACUACUACUUACAAGCUGAGCAUUCUGUAGCAGCUCUUAUCCAGAUCAGGCAUGAAUGGGAUCAGUACUUGGUGCCAGCUGACCACCCCGAAGGAAGCUGCAUCCCUCCAGGAUGGGUUCUCCCCAGUCUCCCCACCAAUGACACUUGGGCCACUGCUGUCAGAUGAUUUAGUAAUAAAUUGUGUUAACGUUGGAGGAUUGUUUCAUUAAAAUUACAUGUGUUAAAUAUGAGAGGGCCCGAAGAGGAAGUCUCAUCCUCUCUUUCAGCAGCCAGGUACUGGAAAGUCUUUACUGGAAUGUCUUGAAGAAAAGUUUUAAGAACUGUUUUUGCUGUCUGACUGUGCAGGGAGAUAUCUGAGCAAGCCCAGAGCUGCCAGGGCUCUCGUGGUGUGGAAUUACAGUCCCGCUGUGAGUUUUUGUUAAAUCUGAGUCUUAAUAAAGGAACAUUGCUGACAGUGGUAUUUGUGCCAGUAUUAACAUCCUAUUUUUAGUGGCUUUUAUCUUUAUAGAAGAUGAUGAAAUCUCCAGAAAUAAAGAAAUACUAAAAUAUAUAUCUACCCCAUUAGUAAACAUAUUAUUCUUCUUAAAUGAAGCAUGUCAAGUAUCACUGUCAAAAUAGUUCCUGUAUUUUUGGGUGUAGAAACAACUCUAUUACAAGUUUGAAGUACAAACAAGACAAGGUUUUUCAAGGUUGAUUAAAGCAGCUGUUGACAUUUUACUUUUGUGGACUAAAACUGGUACCACAACAUGGAAAAAAUUCCCAGCUGUGGUGAAAUAGGUCAGACAGCCAUGUGAAUAGACACAAAUUUGAUGAAUAAGCCUGCUGGAAAAAAACCCAAUAAAAUCUGAAGUCUGUCCUACUGUAAUUGUUUUGCCUAUAUAGCUAUUUUUGUAUAAGGACACAUCAUGUCUGUAAUAUUUGAUUACAAAACACAGCUCUAUUUUGUAAGUUGUUUUUUUUGUACAGAAUAAAUAGAGAAAAAUGGAUAUUUUUUUUUUCCAUUUGAAGCACUUUUACAACGAGGGAGAGAUUUGUUUGAAUACUUGGCAUCAAAUACGACUCCAACAUGGAGAGAAUUGCUGGGAAAAGGUUUGUGUGAAGGAACUUCUCCCUCCUGCAAGGUGACAGAGGCAUCUGAUGUCAAAGCCGUCCGUGUUCUGGACAGUUUGCUUGUGACAGUGAUGGGCCAUAUGGAUUUGGGGCUUUGCUGGGCUAUGCAGAUGGUCGUGGCACCUUUCCAGAGCUGCAGACCUGAUUCUUGCUUAGCCCCAGUGUGUGGGAAUCGAGUUAAUCUCUCCAGUGCUUUUCCCCUUGGCGUCACAACAGCGCGUCAUCCAUGGAGGAGGCGACGUCAUGGCCUAAAUUCCACACCUGGGCCUUAUGUGAUAUGUUAAUAGUUUAUUGGCUGAAGCUUUGCACUGGUUUCUGUUAGUAAGAGCACACAACCUAGUAGUUUUUAACAGAAUUACUGUGAGUGCAGAAGUUUGCAGUUCUUGCUCACCUGCAGCACCCCAAAAUACAGAUUACCAGGAAGUCCUUUGGAGGUGGAGUUCUGAUUUCCUCCUCCAUACAUCCCCCUGUCACUUCCAGCAUCUCGGUACUCCAGACCCAAGGCUGAGUCAGAUCCUGGGGAGUCUUCCCUGAUGAAAAUGCACAAGUUCAAAAAUAAAAACAAUUGCAUGAAAACAAUACAACUCCAACACUUCCAGUUCAGGAAGCUUAGUGACCGGAGGAUGCUCUGCUUAAACAAUUAGGCUCCUUAUCCCGUCAGUGCGUCUGAGGGACAAGCCAACCACUUAAGCUACGAUUAUCUUAAAACUGUCCAAGUCAGCUGCUUGUCUGACACUGCAGGAAUUUAAAGAGCUGAGCAGUAGAUAAGCAGGCAGUGGAGCAGCAGCCCUGUUCUCCCUGCCCUGCGAGGAGAGCUCCAUGAGUUCGUCUGACGCAGCAAGAAAUCAGGCAGGAGUGAUGAGCUACCUGGAUGAAGUUCCCUUCAGGAUGGCCCUGAGCCUCGACGGGGACUCAGGGGGAGAAAUCCCCUUAAUCACCACCCCGGACAUCGAGGUCCCCGACUGCACCGACAUCCUCAUGAGCACCAUGCACGACUUCUCCCUGGAAAGGAAAGUGCUUUACUGGGUCGAGGUGGCCUCUCAGCAGCAAACCUGCCGGCACCGGGUCACCUCCGAGGUCGUCCCCACGGCCCCGCCGUGCUGGCUGCUGCUGGUGGCCCCCGCCGACAGCUACGGGGGCCGGGCGCGGGACGCGGCGGUGCGGCGAUCCAUCAGCAUGAGCGCCGCCGACACCUCCUACGGGCACGCCAGGGGCAGGGCGGGCCUGUCCGACACUGAGAGUGAGACCUGGCACUCGGAGGAGGGCGACUACUCGGACGAUGAGUACUCCUCGACCUCCCUGGAGGAGAAUGACAAGGAUGAAAAGCUCCUCUCCAGGAGGAGAAGCUCUGGGAGAAGCGUGGCUUCACGUCUCAGCUUUUACCAGACUCGACCAAAGACAUCGCCUGGCUUGCUGGAGCCCUCACCAGAGAACAAUGUCCACAGCCCAGCCAGCCCGGACCCCAGCAAGCAGAGAAGAUCCAUGGUGAUAUUUAACAACAUGAAGAAUGAGCUGGAGGCAGCCAGGAGGAAGCUGGCUGCUCUGGUGCAUCCUUUGAACAGAGCUGCCACGGGGGGCAGGGGCAUCCCGGUGCCACGGCUGCUCCCACAGUGUCCCGGCGCCAACCGUGGUGUCAAGUACGGGCCAGCCCAGGACGUGUCCCAGCUGGGGACCUUGGUGCCAACUCCUCCAGCCACACCUGCACCAAUCCCACCCAUCAAGCGGCACAAACCCACAGUGCCGUCCCUCAGCCCCUACACCUGCCUCCCCCCUGCCUGCACGCCUGGGAGACCCCUCAGCUCCCUCAGAUCCCAGCCGGAUUCCUCGGCUGACCUGCUCUCCGCUCUGAGCCAAGAGGAGCGAGACCUCAUCGAGCCCGUCAUAGCCCUGGGCUACCCCACGCACAAAGCCAUCCUCACCCUCCAGAAGACGGGAAGGCAAAGCUUAAGUCAGUUCCUGAGCUACCUGGGUGCCUGUGACCGGCUGCUGAAGCAGGGCUACGAGGAAGGGCAGGUGGAGGAGGCCAUGGAAAUGUUCCAGUACUCGGAGAAAAAGGCAGCUGAAUUCUUGCAUCUGUUGGCUCAGUUUAACGAUAUGGGUUUCCAGCAAAAUGAAAUCAAAGAAGUUCUUUUGCUCUGUGGGAAUCAGAGGGAGAGGGCGCUGGAAGAGCUCGUGAUGAAAACCCACUGAGCAGCACCCUGGACCCAUCACAGCUUCCCCUCUCCAGACUGCACCAGAAGCACUCAGGUGGUUCUGCUGCUCCAUCCCCACCCCUGGAAACAACCCAUCACAGACCUUCACAGCUCUUCCUUGGUGUCUCAUCUCAUUUUAUGGACAUCCAUCAUAAGAGUGUUUAUCAUUCAGGCACCGACUUCAUAGGAGGAAUAUUUGUCUCCUCACCCACACAUCCCCACCCUGAUCAUCUCAGCUGUUCAGAUUAGAUGAAAUAAGAUCCAAACCGCCUUCGGCUUAGAUUUUUGCAAAACCCAAACCACAGUGUUCUCCCUCCACCUGGGGUGAUGGGUGUCAUGUUUUCAGCUACAAUCAAAUGUGGAUUCUUAAGAGAUUAUAUAAAUCAUCAGAAGAAAUUGUUUUCCUAAAAUCUGAAGGAACAUGUGUUGGUCCUGGCUUGGUAAGAGUCUCAGCUGACUUAGUCAUGAUUGAAUAUUGUAAUUGAAAUCCAAUUUGAUCACAUUAGCUUCUCCUUUUAAACCAGAAAUGUGAUAAAAAUACACAAUUCCAUGAAGGUAAGGAAAGAAAACAGGCUGCCCUUGCUCUGAAAUACAUGAGGUUGAAUGCAAAAUGGUGGAGGUAGGAGUUUGUCCUCAGGGAACUUCCUGAAAUCAGAACAGAGAGAUGGGGAACUGCUCAUUGGCCUCAUGCUCUGCCCAAAUCAGGAAAAUUCAGGGGAUGUUUCCCUAAACUGUGAAGACAGUGGCUCCAAAUGAAGUUAAGCAUGAAAGUCAGCAUCGGGAACAUCUGGAUGCUCGGGGGAAUUUCUGUAUGCAACUGAAGGACAGAGAAUGGGAUGUGUGUCUUGGUUUGGCACUGGAACAGUGGACAGUGUUUUCACAUAAAGUAUGUUAUUUUCCUGUGAAUUAGAUACAGAUGUAAUUUCUUUGAGUAAAGAUGCUUGGGGGGUUCUUCUGCAAUGUGUUUGUGUCUUUUCCUGUCAGGAUGCCAACUGGCACAACCCAGCAGAGAAAAUCCUUCGUUAGUUGCAUUAGUACCAUUUUUCCAUUGUAUCCUUCCAAAUAAUCUCUCAGUCUAACAUACUACCAUUGAGGUAAAACACUGUGUCCCUUCUCCCUGGAUCUCCAGGUGGAUGCCAAACACCAGCAGGAAGGUACAUCUCUCCACGGCUGCCUUCAUUCUUGCCUGGAUGGACAAGGAAACUUGGCAUCCAAGUUUUGGGGGACU